CAUUAAACGGACCGAGAGCAUCACUGAUUAUUGCAUGCUGAGGAUUAAAAUAGUCCAAAAGUAAAAUCUAUUAUUUUCAUCCAAGGAAAACCUCGCAGAGAGGAAAAGGCCCCUUUAAAAGCAGCUGAAAGGCGCACCUGGUCACCUGUUCUGUUUCUCUCAGCUCAGCCAAUAAGGUCUUAGAUAUGGUGUAUAUCUCUGACGCUAAAGAUGCAUCGAACCUGCGUAUAAACACAGACUGCCGUGCUGAGCUUGUAGCUUCUGUUGUUGGGCCAGCGGAGGCCUGGCUUUGUAAGUCCAGGAAUUACCUCGAGUAACAGCCUCGGUGCAUCUACACUGAAUCCUUAAGUUGAUAAGAGAUCAGAACGAUCAUCCACGGCAGCCUCCAUCUCUCCACAGAGAGUCCAAUGACGCAAGUCCCUGUCACAACUUUCCACAUCAAUCACCCGUACCGUUCUCAGGCUGUGUCCCCUUAUCUCAGUGAAAUGCCUUUUGGCCGCAGGCCCACCUUUCACCGAAACAUUUGCACCAAGGUGCUGCUGGCCGAGGGCAGAGAGUCACCCUUCACUGAGCACUGCCGCAACUUCGAGAAGAGCUACAGGGAUCUUCAGACAGAGGUCCAGAGGCUGAAGGACGAGGUUCAAGAGAUGCACAGAGACCUAACGAAACAUCACUCUCUCAUCAACACGGACACUAUGGACGAGAUCCUGGAAAGGUCUCUACUCACUGACGAACAGAUCGCGUCUCAGUACUCAGCUGUGCAGAAACAGAGAACCAUAUUUGAGGAGAUAUGGGACGUGACCUUUCAAAGAGUAACCAAAGAGCAAGAGAUCUACGAAGCGCAGCUCCAUGACCUUCUGCAGCUGAAGCAAGAAAAUUCCUACUUGACAACCAUCGCGCGACAAAUUGGACCCUACAUUUUAUCCAUAGCAAAAGUAAAAGAGCGUCUGGAACCCAGGUUUCAAAAGCCUGAGAAUGACUGUGUGGACGCUGCAGUGAAAAGAUGCGAGGACAGGGCAUUGACUGCUCAACAAAACAGCUGCAAUGAGAGGAGGCGUUCAGCAGGAUGUGAUCGGGACCCUGGCACACAUAUCCUGCCGCCUGGUGAAACGCUACUAAACAGCAGUGACUUGUGCUGGCAAGGAAAGCAGAUAAAUGUUUCAAAGGUCUCUUGCGGCAAAGAGCUGCCACUAUAGAGCUGCACGUCAGGAUGAUGGUGAACGCUGACCACAAAUGUGGCAUGUGCUUUCAAGCAUGUGCUAGAUGUCAACACAUGAACAUGGGGCUUUACAGUAACUGAAAAACAAGAAGGACAUGAAUGGAAUAUUGAUAACAUGAGUGUGUCAAAUAGACCUUGACUAUAAACCUUUUGGAUUGUAUGGGCCAUAAAUGUUUCACAGA